AGUGCGAGUCCAGGCAGUCUUAUCAGUCCGUCCCCGCCGCCCGAGUGUCUGUCCGUCAACUUAUCGGAGACGGAAGGAGCAGCUGGGCUGGGCUCGGUUCGACGAAGGGGCCCAAAGUCCGCUCGACGCGAUGUCCAGGCGCAAACUUGGAAGCCGACCGCAGCACCUGAGCGCAAUUCAAGAUGUGACAGAUAUGGAGGACGGUGGCGGCUUAUCAGGCGACCACCUUCGUCCUCCUCAGCUUCCCGCCCCAGAUGAAGGUCGCGACCUGCUGACCUGCGGCCAGUGCAGCCGGGCCUUCCCGCUCGCCCACAUCCUGGCCUUCAUUCAGCACAAACAGGGCGGCUGCGGCUCACGAGACGGAGCUGCCGACGCCGGCGCCGCUCCCCCCUCGCCUGCCAACAGAGCCAGGCGCCAACAGGUCGCCGGCGCCGAACCACGACCUGGAUUCAUCGAGCUGCGGAGGGGCGGAGCCAGGGACCGAGUCUGGGGGGAGGAGCCUGGCAUGAGCAAACCAGCGUCGGAGGAGCCCCCGUUUUUCACCUGCCUGCAGUGUGAAGGUGUGUUUUCAUCCGCAUGGACGCUCCUGCAACAUGCGCAGCACGCACACUCCUUCAGCCUCUAUCAAGAGGACGAGGGGGAAGACGCGGACGUGGGAGGAAGAGGAGCAGGGAGAGGGCUCCUUGAGGAGAACAAACCUGCAGCAGCUGUUCUGGACCCACGCCACCUGAGCCAAGCUCUCGCCUCGGCCUUUCAGCGGGGUUCUCAUCAGACGCACUCCGCCCCUGCCGCCUCCUCUGCCGCUAACCUGCAGGGAAUAAACUUUUCCGUGCGGCUCAGAGAGCUCGCUGAAGGGAAUAACGCCAUCAGUAGCUCCCUCAUGGGCCUCAUGUUGUCGCCGUCCUCUUCUCCACCGGCAGCUUCUACCUUUCCUCAGACCAGUUCCCUCCAGGCGGACUUCCACUGCGAGGUUUGUGACCAGCACUUCCUCUCCCUGCGCGCCUUGUCCGCCCACCGCCGGACUCACUCUUGCGAGAGACCCUACCACUGCGGAGUGUGCGGGCAGGCCUUCGCUCAGAGCGGGCAGCUGGCACGUCACAUAAGGAGCCACCACCGGCAGGCUGCAAGUGGAGGAAGUGGGUGUGAGUCGGUGGAGACGAUCACUAUGGAGGAGGACGCUGGGAGGCAGAGGGUGAGAGGGAGGUUUCAGUCUGCAGGAGUAAUGGGAAAAGGAGUUCAGGGCUCCUCUGAGCUGGACCUGACCCUCCCCAAGCACCCCUCCUUAGCUUCAGGGCUAAUGCUGCUGAGCUCCCAGCUCAGACCAUCAGACAGGGAGCUGCUCAGGCUCUACCAGAGCCACCGAGCUGGAGCAGAGGGAGGCGAGGAGGAAGUAGAGGGGCAAGGGGAGCCCCAGCCUUCCCUGCCUUGUGCCAGUCCUUCAGACGGCUCGUUGGAGAGCGGCGAGACGGGAGGCAGCGGCGAAAGCGGCAUCGCGAGUGGCAACUGCACUCCCAAACGUCCAGAGGCGGGCGACAGGACGCGAGGAGUCGGAGAGUGGGAGAACGAAAGAGGAGAGGAGUGGACUCCCGCUAAAGUCAGCGAGACGGUGCAGGAGUGGCAGAGGAGCGCAGCAGGGGGAGCUGCUAACCCCGGAGCUAACGGUGGCGCAGCUCCUGGUUCCACUGGAAAGAAGAAGAAGGACGAGGCCUGCGAGUUCUGCGGCAAACAGUUCAGGAACAGCAGCAACCUGACCGUGCACCGCCGCAGCCACACGGGCGAGCGGCCGUACCGCUGCGGCCUCUGCAACUACGCCUGCGCUCAGAGCUCAAAGCUCACGCGCCACAUGAAGACCCACGGUGCCCAGGGAGCAAAGGCUUCUUUCCUGUGCCAGCUGUGUUCCGUCCCCUUCACGGUCUACGCCACCCUGGAGAAACAUCUGAAGAAGGCUCACGGCCUGAGCCACGCCAGCGUGGGAGCGUACGCACAGGCCAGCGCCGCGGACACUUUAGCUGCUUUAAGAGUCAAAGAAGAAGCGGUGGUGGUGAAAAUAGAAGUGGACGAAAGCAGUUUGGACGUGGAGAGCAAAGUGAGGAGCGACGUGGUGGAAAGCAUGGAGGUGGAAGAGGAGCAAAGUCACACACAGUACGUGGAGCGCAGUCCAGCUGCAGCUGAAGAUCUUCCACACGACGGCAACGCAGAGGCUUUAACUUCUACUCUCUGAGAGAGGAACAAGCGGCACUUAACUCUGUUUAACCGCUCCAUGCAAAUAGACGUUAAAAGAAGCUGCAGCACUUGGUCACGGCAGCAGGGAGCCUCACUGCCCUGCGCGGCGGCUACAGCUGCCAUAUGCAAAGCUGCUGGUUGGAGCUAAGUGCCUACAGUUCGCUCAGACCACAGAGAAAAACAAGGCCGUGACAUUCAGCAGGGAGAUUACCAUAGCUCAUGAACAGGAAGUGCGCCGCCACACGACACAGGAAACCGAUCACCAUGUUGCAGCGCAGGAUGCAAAAGACUUGCAGUUGUGCCCCUGGUGACCCACUGGACGGAUCCAAGCGGACAUUACUUAAUAAUCCACGGUAAACAAAAUAACGCCUAGCAAUAGAGCAACGUUAAUAUAUUCAGCUCCUGCAGAACGUCAUAUUGUGCUACCUAUAGCUGUUUUCUUGUGAGAAGACCUUUUAAAGACUUGUGAACCGACGCAGGGCUCAAGUGAAUCCAAACACUGUCCGCCUGCAGCUCGUCACGCUCCUCUUUUUUUUUUUUUUUUUUUUUUUUUAAGGAGCUUGGUUGUCACAACACUUGUCACUUAAUGUUUACAAGGCUCACG